ACGAAAUAUUCAUCUUCUCUCAUUCAUUCCCUCUUACAAUGCCAUCAUUUCAUUACCAAAUAAUCGUAAUGCUAAUGUAAGAUCAAUGAAAUCUUGAUCGCUUCUUCUCUUUCUCCCAAUCAUUUCUCACUGUACAAACAUGGACGAAGAUUUACUCAAGCGUAACACCGAUUGCGUUUAUUUCUUGGCUUCACCUCUCACUUGCAAGAAGGGUGUGGAGUGUGAGUAUAGGCACCAUGAGAUUGCGAGGCUUAACCCAAGGGAUUGCUGGUACUGGUUAUCGGGGAAUUGUCUUAAUCCGACUUGUGCUUUUAGACACCCUCCAUUGGAUGGGCAUGCUGGAGUGCCAUCUGAACCUAUACAAUCUUCUGUACCUGCAUCUGCAAACAAGACAAUGGUUCCCUGUUAUUUUUUCUUCAAUGGAUUUUGCAACAAAGGUAGCAAAUGCUCAUUUUCUCAUAAGCCUGAUGAUAGCUUGCUCGUUGUAAAGCCUUCGAAGAAUGACGUGGUAAAGCCUUCGAAGAAUGACAUUGUAAAGCCUUUGAAAAGUGACACUGUAAAGCCUUUGAAAAGUGACACUGUAAAGCCUUUGAAGAGUGACACUGUAAAGCCUUUGAAAAAUGACACUGUAAAGCCUUUGAAGAAUGAUACUGUAAAGCCUUUGAAGAAUGGCAACGGAAGCAUUAAUGCUCUCAACUUAGAAAAUAAAGCUUCAUCAGGAAAUAAAACAUCUGUAGCAUCAACACCAAGGGAAACAAAUUUUGAGCAAUCUUUAUCUGCUCCAAAAGCUUUGUCUGAUAUUAGACUUAAGUCUAAGGAAGAUCUUCAGCUACCAUUACCCGAAAAUGUUAAACAGCAAAGUGUUUGCUUGGAAUUUUCUUCAUUUGACUAUAACGAAGCUGCUGUGACUACUCAGUCAGACUCUCUGGUACCAGACAAUGGUUUUGCUCAUAAUAUGUCUCAUUCAUGCUCUGAGCAGAGUUCGGAGGAGCAGGAAAAUUGUCAUGUAGAGCCUGAGGAACGGUGGGAAUCCUCCCCUGGAUUUGAUGUUCUUGUUCAUGAUGAAACCGAGAACCUGGGUUAUGAGAAUGGUUCUGAAUAUUUGCCACUGCUUGAUAUGGAUGACCACGAACUGAAUGAGCAUUAUACAGGGUAUGAAUUCAAAAAUACAGAUGAGUACGACACCAUCUGCUCAGAUGCUGAUAUUCUGUAUGAACAGGGAACAUGUGAUGAUUACAGAUGUUUUGAUAGAGAUUUUUCCAGUGAAAGGGAAGUUUGUGGUUAUUCCAGAGAGAUAGCAUUGGAUUCUAUAUUUUCCAGGAAAAGGGUUCGGAUUUCAGCUGCUGCGAUGGAUGCUUGUGACUCUGACUUAGAUCUACGUGACCAUCUGAGAAGACGAAGGGAGGUCAAUGAUCCUCCUGUCACUGAUUUCUUAAGACAUGAUGAGCCAUCUUCUUUGAUGGUUCGAAACCAAGAAAGGCAUCGAAGGGGCGACAUUAUUCAGAGACCAAAUAGAAGGUUAACAUCACAAUUAGGAUUUAGUUCAAUCAGAGAGGUUGAAGAUCCUUCAAUUGCUAACAAUAACAAGCACAGGUUAUUUAGGCCUUCUCAGCAAAAUUGGCCUUCCCAGCAAAAUAGGCCAAGAAAGCAUUAUAGAGAAAAACCAGCUAGACGGCCAUUUCCUUCAUCUAAAGUAUCCCGGAAACCAUUUGUAAAGCUGCAGAGAGUUAUUAAGGAAUCCAGUGCAUUUUCAGGGCCCAAGACUCUUGCAGAAAUAAAAGAAGAAAGGAAGAAGAAGGCUGGUGAAAGUUCACAUUGUGAAAGCUCGUCAGCUGGUUUCCAGGAUCCCAAACCACUGCAUGAAAUUCUCAAAGACAGAAGGACCAUGGACUGAUUGAGAGAUGGCAAUACUUGCAACAGUUGAAUCUUGAGAUUAUAAUGCCUGAUGAUUCAAAAGAUUAGUUUUACCAAAGAUAAUGAGUUAAAAUCAGCUGUUGGAGGUGCUUUCUUUUUAUAUUUUUGUUGAAAUUGGAGUUGCUUUUUAGCAUCAUCCUUUAGUGUGCUGGUUUGGAGGGUGUUAGGUUUUUGUUCGAGUGAGGUGACUCUUAGAUAAGUGUAGUUAAUCUAGAGAGUGGAUCACUGGUUUGCAUUAAUUUUGUGUGAUUUAGACCUACUUGUUUUUGUCGUUUAAAGCUGCUUAUCAAAGGUCUAUUCACCACUUUUUGUAUCGUUAAUCGGCUCAAAUAGUUUUUUUUUUUUUUUUUUUUUUUGGCUUUUCUAGAUUGCUGCUGCUAUGCAUAUAAUAUUAGAGGGCUACUUUUUCGACCA